AAUGAUAAUUAAUAAUCUCCGGCUCACUGAACUACGACGCUUCUACAAACUCCACUUUUCAACUCAAACUCGACUCACUUGUUCCGAUCUUGGAUCCCGACAUCAUCGGUUCAGUUCUGUCUCUCCGGUUUCGUCCCAGAUUUCCCUCGCCGCCAUUCCUGUGAUUUCCAAGCUGCAUCAGUCGCUCUCCAAUGGAGUUCAUAAAGAGCUUCCAUUGUUCUUCCUCUCUCCUAUUCCUCCUCUCAGUGGCGGUGAUUUUUCCGGCGACGGCGUUUUCUAUCGGAGUGAACUACGGUCAGAUCGGCGAUAACCUUCCGUCGCCGGAAGACGUAGUCCCGUUGGUGAAAUCCAUCGGAGCGACCAAAGUGAAGCUCUAUGACACAAACCCAGAGAUCCUGAAAGCAUUCGCCGGCUCUGGCGUCGAGUUCAUCGUCGGUCUCGGCAACGAGUACUUGUCCAAGAUGCGAGAUCCUGCAAAGGCACUGUCUUGGGUCAAACAGAACAUCUCGCCAUUUUUGCCGGCGACAAACAUCACCUGCAUCACCGUCGGCAACGAGGUCCUCACCUUGAACGACACCUCCCUCACCGACAACCUCGUACCGGCGAUGCAGGGCGUCCGCUCCGCCCUUGUCGCCGCCGGCCUCGACAAGCGAGUCGCCGUCACCACCGCCCACUCCCUCUCCAUCCUCCAGACAUCUUUUCCGCCCUCCGCCGGCGAAUUCCAACAGGAUCUCGUCGGCUGCCUGAAACCCAUCCUCGAGUUCCACCGGAAAACCGGGUCGCCUUUCCUGAUCAACGCGUACCCGUUCUUCGCCUACAAAGCGAACCCUAAACAGGUCUCGCUCGAUUUCGUGCUGUUUCAGCCGAAUCAAGGGGUGGUGGAUCCGGCGACGAAUCUCCACUACGACAACAUGUUGUUCGCUCAGAUCGACGCGGUGUACUCGGCGUUGUCGGCGGCGGGUUACAGGUCGCUGCGAGUUCAGAUAUCGGAGACUGGUUGGCCGUCAAAGGGAGACGCCGACGAGUUCGGAGCGACGCCGGAGAAUGCGAGGAGGUACAACGGGAACCUGAUGAAGAUGAUGAUGGGCAAAAAGACCAAAACGCCCCUCCGGCCGACCAGCGACCUCGACGUCUACGUCUUCGCGCUCUUCAACGAGAACAUGAAGCCCGGUCCCACCUCGGAGAAAAACUACGGCCUCUUCAAGCCCGACGGUACUCCGGCGUAUUCCCUCGGUUUCACUCUAAACGACGUCGUCAGAGGGGGCGGCGGUAACAGCAGCAGCACCGCAUCCGGAGGAGGAGGGAUCACCGGUGGAUCCGGCGGAGGGUCCGGUGGAGGAGGAGGAGACAAGACGCCGGUGGCGCAGGAGAGCUCGUCGACCGGUUAUCUGUCCAUUUCGUCUUCUCCGGGGAAAAGGAAAGUGAUUGGGGUCGGAGGGGCCCUUUCGUUUGUAAUUGUACCCCUUUUGCUUCUUUGAGCGAACAAAACAAGGGUUCAAGUGCUUUGCUUCUGUCCAAAGUCUGCGUCUUUUUACAGACCCUUCGAGUUUGUUUGUUUGUUUUUGUUCUAACGGCUAAUUCGGUGUUUCUUUUUCUAAACAAUUCUAUUUUUUUUUUCCUCAUUUAGAUAAUUCAUUAUGCACUCAUUGCCCAUUUUGUGUCACGAACUAUGGGAUGAAUACAUUAUCUCCCCCCCACGAAUUCACAUCUGUAUUUUUUCGGGUCAAUAAUAACAGUAUUCCAUUUCGUUUC